CUCGUCUGGUCUCGUCUCGUCUCGUUGUUAUAUAUAGACCUCAUCAAAAUCCCAGCAGGAUAUCCAUAUACAUAUACAUACAUAUAUAGAGCCCAAAACCCAAUAUAUAUAUAUCACUCCAUUUAAUUAUUCUCGCCCUCUGAAUAUUAUAACUUAAUUUAAUUAUUAUAAUAAUAAUUUCCGCGCGACAAAUGGCAACCGCCGUGGCUCAGUACUCCCUUUGCCCCGUUUUCGCUCUCAGUUCGAAGAACUCGGCGAGGUCUGUGGUGACGUUGCCGACUUCUUCUUCUUCUUCUUAUAAGGUUCGGCGACACCAACGCCGUGGCCUUGUCACGGCUCUCGCAGCAGAGGAGAAGCAGGAGAGCCCUUUCCUCAAUGUCGAGGUCCAGGAUCACAGCGGCAAGAGCAGCAGCACCGCCGUCGAGCGAAGGAAGACCCCCGGCCGCCGCCGCUCCGCCUUUGAGCUCGCUCCUUUCGGUCUGGUUGAUCCAUUCUCUCCGAUGAAAACGGUGAGGCAAAUGCUAGACACGGUGGAUCAGCUAUUUGAGGAUGCAAUGACAUAUCCAGGGCUUGGGUCAGAUGUCAGGACGCCAUGGGAUGUUAUGGAGGACGACAAGGAAGUGAAAAUGAGGUUCGACGUGCCUGGGCUGUCGAAGGAGGAGUUAAGGGUGGCCGUGGAGGACGACAAUGUGCUCGUAGUGCGCGGGGAGCGGAAGGAGGAGGAAGGCGGUGAGGCGGAGGACGCAUGGUGGAAGGGGUGGAAAGAGAGCUCCUACUACACGCGGGUGGUGCUCCCGGAUAACUGUGACGUGAGCCAGGUCAAGGCGGCACUGCAAAACGGUGUGCUUCUGGUUACUGUACCUAAGAAGAAUGUGGAGCGAAAUGUUAUCGAUGUCCAGAUCGAGUGAUGUGUGCUUAAUAGUAUCGAUUGUCGUUUGCAGUGUUGUGUCUGAGUAUAAUGUAUAUAGUUAUAGUUAUGUUUUCCCUUCCGAGGCUACGUAUAUGCUAUAUGGGACUAAAUGAAGUUGUUAAUGUUGUACAUUUUUGUGAAUGGAACGAACUGCAGUUGUAAGUUAAUGUUCAGAGAGGAUCUGAAGAUUGAUGGGAAACUCUGGCUACCACCAAUCUAAGCGUGACCUGCCAAUUUAAUCUCCUCUUAA